CUCUCUCUCUCUCUCUCUCUCCCUCUCCCUCUCUCUCUCUCUAAACUACAAAGCCAUGUGCCACUCACCAUCUUCCCCAAGAAACAACAACCACAACCCCACCAACAUGCUCACCACCCCUUUGAUCCCCAAUACCCCAACACCACCACUUGACCAAAACCAAAACCAAAACCAAAAACCCAACAAAACCCAAACCCAAACCAAUAAUGUGUCCCUUGUCCUAAAAGAGGCCAAAUGCAUAGCCAAAGUGUCCCUCCCCAUGGUCCUAACCGGCCUCUUGCUCUACUCCCGCUCCCUAAUCUCCAUGCUCUUCCUCGGCCGCCUCGGCGAGCUCCCCCUCGCCGGCGGCUCCCUCGCCAUCGCCUUCGCCAACAUCACCGGCUACUCCCUCCUCUCCGGCCUCGCCAUCGGCAUGGAGCCCAUCUGUGGCCAGGCCUUUGGCGCCAAAAGGUUCAAACUCCUCUCCCUCGCCAUGCAAAGGACAAUCCUCCUCCUCCUCCUCACCUCAAUCCCCAUCUCCAUUCUCUGGCUCAACAUGAAGAAAAUCCUCCUCUUUUGCGGCCAACAAGAAAACAUCGCCGCAAAUGCUCAAUCCUACAUUCUCUUCUCCAUCCCCGAUCUCAUUGCUCAGUCUCUUCUUCACCCUCUCAGAAUCUAUCUCAGAACUCAAUCCGUAACCCUUCCUCUCACUUUCUGCGCCGCUUUCGCCAUUCUCCUCCACAUUCCCAUCAAUUUUCUCCUCGUUUCUUUCCUUGAUCUUGGGAUCAAAGGCGUGGCUCUAAGUGGCGUCUGGACAAAUGCCAACUUUGUGGGGUCCUUGAUAGUCUACGUUGUCGUCUCUGGCGUGUACAAGAAAACAUGGUGUGGGGUUUCCUCAGAGUGUUUUAAGGAAUGGAAAUCUCUAUUGAAUCUAGCCAUACCAAGUUGCGUUUCGGUUUGUCUCGAGUGGUGGUGGUAUGAGAUCAUGAUUUUGCUAUGCGGGCUGUUGCUUAAUCCGCAAGCAACCGUUGCUUCGAUGGGGAUUCUGAUCCAAACCACCGCUCUGAUGUACAUUUUCCCGUCCUCGCUGAGUUUCGGCGUGUCGACGCGAGUUGGGAACGAGCUCGGGGCCAACAACCCCUGGAGGGCGAGACUCGCGGCGAAAGUAGGACUUUUGUGCAGCUUUGUGUUGGGAUUCUCCGCGCUGUUUUUCGCGGUCGUGGUGAGGAAGGUUUGGGCUAGCAUGUUCACAAAAGAUGGGGAAAUAAUCGCCUUGACGUCGAUGGUGUUGCCGAUCAUCGGGCUUUGCGAGCUCGGGAACUGCCCGCAGACGACGGGGUGCGGGGUCUUGCGGGGCACGGCGAGGCCUUGUCUUGGGGCCAACAUAAACUUGGGGUGCUUUUACCUUGUGGGAAUGCCGGUGGCUAUUUGGUUGAGCUUUUAUGCAGGAUUUGAUUUCAAGGGACUUUGGCUUGGUCUUUUGGCUGCUCAAGGCUCAUGUGUUUUGACCAUGUUGUUUUGUUUGGGUCGGACCAAUUGGGAAGUUGAAGCACAAAGAGCCAAAGAGCUAACGGGAAAUUACAAUUAUCUCACUAAUGAAGGUGAUUAUGAUAAUGAUGAUGACGAAGAGAAUCAAGGUAUAGAAAAGUUAAAAGAUGAAACAAAGGAUUCUUUGAUAAGUUGUUUAUUAGAACAACAUUUUUCUAGUAUUACAGAGUGUUAUGAACAAGAUAACUCAUUGGUGUGACACUUUUUCUGGAUUUGGACCUGCAUUUGACCAAAUGUUAAAAAUGGUGGGUCUAAUUAGCAUUUUAUUUAUUAGUUAUUCUUAUUACUAUGCCAUUUUUUUUAAAACUCAAAAUUUUUAUGUAUAGCUAGGGACAGGAAUAUAUAUAUGCUUAUACUGAGAGCAUUUUGUUUCAUUCAUUGUUUUAGCUCGUCGAAAAUUGUAAACCAAAAAAAAGGAAAAAAAAAAAAAUCAAAGCAGGAAACAAUUUCCUUUCAUUAAUUUUUAGUAUUGUCUUGUAGGCAAAGGGGAGAACUUAAUUGUUGUCAGUUUUGCUUCAAAUAUAUAU